CCAAUUUUCAGGUCGCGCAAAAGCAGUGAUGCUUGACUGUCACCGUGUCACACAACAAUCCGUACAAAAAUAAACUUGUUUGUGGCGAAAGUUUAACAGGAUAUGAUUAUGAGGAUUGAUAGUGUUUGUAAAAUGGAGGAACUUUGUUAAGUUAUUCACGACAGUGAUUCAAAUUAUAUACCGUGGACUGUGUUAUUUUGUUUAGUCUAGAAGUGAAGUUCAUCAUGUAAACAAAAGUUAUAAAACUUGGCUUACAUUUUAUAAUCAGAAUUUGUCUUGAACGUACAUCAGUUUAUUCGUAGACUUGUUUUCAGUCAUGAAAUCAGAGGUAGUAACUAGCGACGUAACGAGUUCAAACUAAGUCUCUCUUCCUACAAGAAAUUCUGUUUAUUUAAAUUAAUACCAAUUUCAUCAUAGUGGAAAUCAUUUCAGACACAGGUCAAUGAAAAUGUUACUGACAUAGGAUGAGAGCUUAUGUUUACAAAUAGAAAUAUAUACCGUAAAUAAUAGCCCAUUAUAUUAGUGUAAAUGAUAACAGUUUAUAUCAAAUUUCAUGAUCAGAAUAAAACCGAUGUAGAUAAAUUUAAAUUAGAUAUUUGAUAUUCGGUAACAAUUUUAGACUCUAAGCUUACAUUGAUCGGGUAAUGAAAUAUGAAUAGGCCUAUAAUUACAACCAAAUAGUUGUUCAAUGAAUGGUGAUAUUAAGACCUCACCAGUCAAUAAAUUGAGAUCUAGAAUUAUGGCAGACAGCUACAGAUAUGAAGCACUCAGUGAAGAUCAAGAGGAAGAUCGGAGCGAUAAAGUAUCUCGAUGGAAAAAGAAGAAAUGUCCUAUUUAUCCUAUAGCUUUGAUUAUAUUGAUUAUUGCCACAUUAUUGUUGACCGGUUUCAUUUUAUGGGAUAAACACAAUAAAAAAUCUGUAGAUCAACCAUGUCUAACAGAACAGUGUGUGAUGAACAGUGGCUCUAUUAUAGCUAUGAUGAAUUUAUCCGUUGAUCCUUGUACAGACUUUUAUGAAUAUGCAUGUGGAAAAUGGAUUAAUAAUGCUAUAAUACCUCCAGACACAUCGUCAUAUAAUACAUUCUAUACUUCAUAUGAAAAAAUUAAUUUAAUUACACAGCAGUUGUUAACUGAAGAAAAUGGAGAGCUCAAUUCUGAAGCAGUUAAGAAAGCUAAGGAAUUUUAUCAAAUGUGCAUGAAUGCAGAACAAAUAGAGAAAUUAGGUACAACUGAAGUCUUAAAGCUUAUCAAUAAAUUGGGAUCCUGGACAGUAACAACAGAUGCUGUAUCGGGUACAUGGAACAAUGAGACCUGGGAUUUAACAACAGCUAUAUCUAGUUCCGCUAGUCUAGGCAUACAUCCAUUAUUAUUUAUGUAUGUACAACAAGAUUCUAAAAACAGUAGUGCCAACAUAAUGCAGAUUAGUCAAGCUGGUUUAACUUUGAGACAACGAGAAGAAUAUAUUAAAAAUGCUGAAAAAUACAAAAAGGGAUUUUUGGAUUUUGCAAUACAAUAUGGACGUCUUUUAGGAGCUGAUGAUUCGGUUACAGAUAAAAUGAAUAAAUUGUAUGAUUUUGAGAAAAGUUUGGCCGAGAUUUUUGUUCCAAAAGAAGAAUUGAUAGAUAUAGAAAAAACCUACCACAAAAUAACUGUUGCUGAUUUACAAAAUAUGCUUAAUGAGCAGAUUGAUAUAAAGAGAUAUCUAGAUCGAAUCACAAAGAGUAAUAUAAGUACCAGUACCAAGAUAAUUGUCACAACACCACCAUAUUUCCGUAAACUGGGAUUAUUACUAGCGAAUACAGAUAGAGAAGUAUUAGCUAACUAUGUUGUAUGGAAUAUGCUUCAAGCGCUACCCGCCUACUUACCAGGUGAAUUUACGAAUGCAGCGUUAGGGUUAUCAAAGGUUGAAUCAGGAGUAAAAGAUAUAGCACCAAGAUGGAAGAGAUGUGUUGGUAAAACGAGUAAUCAACUAGGUUUUGUUACAGGAGCACUCUAUGUAAACAAAAAGUUCUCUAAAGAUAACAGAAAAGAGGUUGAUGAAAUGUUGAAUAAUGUUAAAAAAGCCUUUAUUAAUGGAUUAGAAGAUUUAACCUGGAUGGAUGAAGAAACCAAACAGAUAGCUAUAGAUAAAGCUAAAGCUGUGGGAAAUAUGAUUGGAUUCCCAGAUUGGAUUCUACAACCAGAAAAACUAGAUGAAUAUUAUGAAAAUAUAAAUAUAACGGAAGGUCAUUUUCUGCUUAGUCAUUUAGCCUUGAGAAGCUUUGAUGUGAUGAAAAACAUUGAAAAAUUACACAAACCACCUGAUAGGACUGAAUGGGAAAUGUCACCUGAUCAAGUCAAUGCAUAUUAUAACCCACCUAAUAAUGAUAUAGUAUUUCCUGCUGGUAUUCUACAGCCACCCUUCUAUGAUCCAAACAUGCCAAUAAUGAUAAAAUAUGGUUCAAUAGGUAUGGUAUUUGGCCAUGAAUUAACUCAUGGUUUUGAUAAUCAUGGACGUAAAGUUGAUAAGUAUGGUAAUCUUAAAAAUUGGUGGAGUAAUUCAUCAGCUGAACAGUUUACAGAAAAAUCAAAAUGUAUGAAAGAUCAGUACAGCAAAUACAGUGUGGAUGGAACACAGUUAAAUGGUGAAUAUACUCUGUCUGAGAAUAUAGCUGAUAAUGGUGGUAUAAAGUUUGGUUAUAUGGCGUAUAAAUUAUCUGGUCACACAAGUAAUAUACAACUACCUGGUCUUGCUGAUCUAUCAGAUGACCAACUAUUGUUUCUAGGUUUUGCUCAGGCAUGGUGUUCAUUAAAUACAGCUCAACAGACAAAACUGAGUAUAAUGUCUGAUGUACAUUCUCUUCAUAGAUAUAGAAUAAUUGGAUCACUGUCAAAUUUUCCUCAGUUUUCAAGUGCCUUUAAUUGUCCAGCCAAUUCGCCUAUGAAUCCAGGGAAAAAAUGCACUGUUUGGUGAUGUGAACAAUAUUAUAGUGAGAAACUUAUAGGGAAGAUUUAGAUCUGCUUUAAUGUUUAAUAGAUUAUAAAUUUAUGAUAUUUCUUAUUAACAAUCGAAUUUGACUUUUGAUAGUGAUAAUUUAAAGAAAAACAAUCUGUCCAAGCUGAAAUCUCAUCGAAGAUUUUAUUUUGUCGGACCUUAUUUUAUUAAUGUGCAAUUUUAUAAAAGUUUAUUGAAAUAACAAUCCAAUUUAAUGCUACAUUUAAGAGUUUGGAUUCAUAUUAUUUUCUAAAAUGUAAAUUGUUUGGGUAUUUUUUAAAAGUUAAAUACUACCAAAAGAGCAGUAUUUGGGGUGAUUAAAUUAGCUGUUGAACAUGUGUGAUAUAAAAAAAAGGUUUUGGUGGUGGUAUUUGCUAGAUAUGCCCCUAAAAACCUUGCCUUUAAGCAAACAGCAUUAUUAUUGUGAUGUUCCAGUGUACAAGCAUAUUUACUUGUUCAACUGGUAAUACUCAAAAGCUCAAACUUAGUAUAUGCUGUUUAUUUAUUUGUAAAGAUAUUUUCUAUUUAAUAGAUAUAUAUUCCUAUAACAUAUGUGCUCAAAUUAUCGAACUUUGAAAGGAACAAAGCUCAAUCAAUUUUAAUAAUAAUACAGAGUGUAGUGUACGAAAAAAACAUUUGAAGAGCCCCGGGGAAAAACGAUCUAGGUCACUUUUUCAACGAACCCCAGUUAAUGGUGCCAUCUGGUAGAAAAUUGUAUAAGCUUUCUGUGGAACAAUCAAUUUCAGGUAAAAACAAUUGGAGUCACAUUGAACCAAGGCCCUUCUCAAAUGGCCUCCCGGACAAAUACGUCCAUCGUACCAUUUAUUUGACCUUAACUUGGCUGAAAAGUGGAAGUCAGUUGUUGUACUGGUAAUUAUGAUUCGUAUUAAACAUCAUUUUAAAGUUGUAAUUAAACCCAUGCGUUGUUCUAUUCGUGUCAGGCAUUCUUGUCCAGAAGUCUGUUUUGCCUUUUAUGUGAAAAGACAAAAAUGUGACUUAGAUCGUUCUUCCCCUAGAUUCUUCAUUUAUAUUUCUGUAACCAAGUUUCAUACAAAUUGUAUAUACAAUAUGUUUACCAUGAUGUCUUAUUAAUCAAAUGUCUUCCAUAUAACAUUCAUAUUUCAUAGUGUCCUAAUGUUAUGUAGUUGUUAAAAAUAUUUUCUGAAUUUACUUCUAAUACAGUAUAAGGUUGUU